CCGCGUGAGCACCAGCCACAUCCGGCAAGCACGCGCGAAUGACGUCCAGCUGAGACGCCUCAACCAUGGAAGUGUGCUCACCUGUUCUUUCCCAACCGGCCCGUCGCACAUGGCACUAAUGCUUCCCCUCUUUGGCCAGCAGUUGAUUCGAUGACCCUAGACAUCUGCGCAUGAAGUGUUUGAUCAAAACUUAGUCCUGCCCCAGGCAUUGAAGCUUGCCCUCGACGGCAUGUUGGCAACCACAGCGUCCUACGCCCGGGAGGGCUCAGACUCGAGCAAAGUCCACGCAGAGCACGAGACGUAUUCAGGCAUACCGACUAUCGUCGAGCCACAUGCAGACGCAGACGCAGAUGCAGACUCAGACACAGAUGCAGAGGCAGAAGAACGCGGUCGUCUUAAGAGGCGCCGAAUGUCUUCACACUCUCCACCCCGAGCAGCUUCGCCCUCUCGAGGCCACGACCGCGACAGCGGCUCUCGGCACCGACACCACCACCGCAACCACCACCGCGACUCGGAAUCCGCGAGCAUGACACCACCGCCAGCCGCGCAGAAGAAGCAAAGGCGGCGCAGCGACGCAGAACCGGACCACACGUUUCGUGGUCGGGCACGAAAUCGCAGCGGCAGCAGGGAACGAACAGGCAGUCCUAUCUUCGAGGACGACGAUGACGAUAUGAGUGAGGCGGCGAAUGCGAGCGAAUCAGAGGUGAGAGAGCUGAGGAAGAGGGCCCAGCCACCCAGUCGGCCACGGGAGACUGAAGAGGAAGAGGGCGAGCUACGGAGACAGAAGAGCUAUCCCAAUCUCUACCGGAAGGACUCGAAGAGUAAUCUGGAAACAGAGAAGAUUGGGACUAAGCGUCCGCAUCCGCUCAGACAGCAGCUCUCAGGAUGAAUGCCGCAAAGACAAAAGAAAAAGUGUAUCAAAACAUGCUUCAACUAUCACAGCAUGUCUGGCGUCCAGACUUAUACUCGAGAAAUAGUAACACGCGGCCAGCGUGAGCAUAAAUAAUUGAGAACAUCAGUCGACUUGAAUUCUACUUCCUUUCUCGUUCCGUGCAUCUCGUUCCGUGCAUCUUUCCAUGUAUUGAAGUUGCUUGUUACCCGUCUGGAGCACGCGACCGCUGUCAGAUCCUGAACAGCUUCCACCCAACAAAGCGAGCAGCAA